AUGGUGUUUACAUCUCCAAGCUGGGUGCCUCAGCUCCCAAUUGAUCCUCCGGAUUCGAUACCUAUUGCUGAGUUUAUGAGAAACGAGGCUUAUGGUCGCCAACCUAUUGCCAGGAGCAGACAUCCAUUUACCUGUGGAAUCACUGGCCGUUCAUACUCAGCACCUGAACUUUUCGAACGGUCAGAGUCCUUUGCAAGAGCUCUGGCAAAGCGUCUUCAAUGGCAGCCGAAUGAGGGUACACCUUGGGAUAAGGUUUUGGCUAUAUUCUCUUUGAACACAAUUGACUUCGUAACUGCCAUCUACGGUGUUCACCGACUCAACGGCAUAGCCACGCCAGCCAAUGCUGCUUAUUCCUCUGAUGAACUUACCCAUCAACUCAAGGCAUCAGGGGCCAAAGCUCUGGUCACUUGUACACCUCUACUUGAGGUAGCACUCGAGGCAGCCAAGAACGUCGGCAUACCGAAUGAAAAUAUCUAUCUGUUCGACAUCCCGCGAGCUGAGCCCACCUCAAGUUUCAAACAUGCUUCAGUAGAGUAUCUUAUCAACGAAGGUUCCAAACUUGCAGAACUCGAGAAGCUCCAAUGGGUUCAAGGUCAAGGUGCACGACAGACAGCCUUUUUAUGCUUCUCAAGUGGAACAUCAGGCUUACCAAAAGCUGUGAUGAUAUCUCAUAGGAACGUCAUCUCGAAUGUGUUACAGCAUGUCACUUACGACUCUGUCGCCAGACGGAAGAAGGGCGUGGAAACACAAGCAGUGACAGGAUUUUUGCCCUUCUCUCAUAUUUACGGCCUUGUUAUUGGCGCUCAUACUUGCACGUGGCGAGGUGACCAAGUCAUUGUGCUUCCAAAAUUUGAGUUUAACGACUUCCUUAAGUCUGUUCAGGAGUUCAAGAUUCGGCAACUGCUGGUGGUCCCGCCGAUUAUCAUUCAAGUCCUAAGAUUCAAGGAUAUUUGCGCCAAGUAUGACCUGAGUAGCGUUAAAUUUGUCUACUGUGGUGCUGCCCCCCUCGGCGAGGAAACAAUUUCGGACAUGAAGAAGCUAUACCCGGAUUGGACAAUCGCACAGGCCUAUGGAAUGACGGAAACUUCAACUGUCGUGACAUCUUCAAGCGAAGAUGAUGUCUUCACAAGAGGUUCUGGAUCCUUGCUGCCGGGUGCCAAAGCCAAGAUCAUUGACCUUGAGGGCAACGAAGUUACUGAGUAUGACAAGCCUGGCGAGCUACUCGUUCAAGCCCCAUCGGUUGUGCUGGGCUAUCUGAACAACGAGAAAGCUACAUCUGAAACCUUUGUACACCACCAAGAUGGGAGGUACAUCCGCACAGGAGACGAAGCCAUCGUGACCUUAGCUCCGUCUGGUCACGAGCACAUUGUGAUUGUUGACAGAAUCAAGGAGCUCAUUAAAGUCAAGGGCCAUCAAGUUGCACCCGCGGAGCUCGAGGCUCACAUCCUAACGAGUCCUCAUGUCUUUGACUGUGCUGUGAUUCAAGUACCUGAUGAGAGGUCGGGAGAGGUACCCAAGGCUUUUGUAGUGAAGAGCUCUUUGGCUGAGUCCUUGGAUGAGAAGAAAGUGGCCAAUGAUAUCAUGAAGCAUGUUGCUGAUAACAAGGCUUCCUAUAAACAGCUCAGGGGAGGCGUAGAGUUCUUAGAGGUUAUACCCAAGAGUCCAAGCGGAAAGAUCCUUCGUCGACUUCUCAGGGAUAAGGAGCGUGAGAAGAGACGGGCUGAGGGCGCGAAACUAUAG